UGGUAGCUUAGAUGGCUUUAGUAUGUGGCUUUCAAGUGACCCUUGAUUUAGAUUCACUCAUUUUUUUGAGAUAAACCAUUAAAUCACCGCGGAAAGUAUGCAUUUCAAGUAUGAACUGAAGAAUUUUCUGUUUUCUAAGAAAUCAUUCUGGAAUCUUUGGCUUUUGUAUCUAUAUGUGCCGCUACGUGCAUGAAACGCUUGUAGACCCUUUAAGCCUGGGCAGCUUAGCAGAUCCCUGUCUCUGCUUCAGUGCUCUAUAAAAUGGUAGGACGUGUCUGUUUUUUUAUCAAACACGGGAGAGGGACUUCCAAACUUGGCAAUUGAAAGCUCAAGUCUAAUUGCUCAAAACAAAGCUGCAGCCUACAAGUACAAGCCAAGAAGAAGCCAACAGAAUUUGGGAAAUAAGGAAUGGCUACAAUAUCAAAAUAUCCGAGAAGUAAUCGAGGAGAGAUGUUCAAUAAGUUCUGGAAAAGAACCCCAUCAACUUCAUUGUGUGCUGAUGAAUCAUUUAUUUAUGGGAGACAAAGGGACAAAGAGGCCUUUCUUGAAUUGAUACUCAGCAGUGAAGCAUUUGGCAAUUGUGGGGGUUCUGUGUUUGCCAUAGUUGGGAUGGCAGGGGUGGGCAAGACCACUCUGGCUCAGCUUGUCUACAAUGAUCAUAGAGUGAUGAAUUCUUUUGAUUUUAAAAGAUGGGUUUUUGUUUCUGACAACUUCGAUGUUGUGGAAGUAACAAAAUCAAUCCUGCAAGAUCCAGAGUUUACCACGAGGACUUAUAACGGCAAUGAUCUAGAUUUACUUCAGUCGAUGCUCAGAGGAAAACUGUCCAAGAAGAAGUUCUUCAUUGUUCUGGAUGAUGUAUGGAAUGAGAACUAUAAAAAAUGGGAAAUUCUGUGUAAACCCUUUGCUGCAGGAGCCCCAGGAAGCAUCAUCAUCGUCACAACAAGAAACAAAGGAGUCUCAACAGUCAUGGAUGCCAUUUCUCCUUACCAUUUAAAUUUCCUGUCAAAUGAUGACUGUUUAUCAGUGUUUGCAAAACAUGCACUGGCAAGGACUAGUUUCAGUGAGCAUCCAAAUCUUCUAGCAAUUGGGAGAAAAAUAGCAAACAAGUGUGAAGGCCUACCACUAGCAGCCAUAACGUAUGGGGGCUUGUUGCGCACUAAUUUAAAUCAUCAUGAGUGGACAAAAAUAUCAGAAUCUAAGAUAUGGGAUUUACCUGAGAAUAAAAGUAACAUUCUUCCAACCCUGCUUUUGAGCUAUGAUCAUCUUCCUCCCCAUUUGAAGAAAUGUUUCGAUUGCUGUUCCUCGUUUCCAAAGGACUACGAAUUUGAUAGGAAUGAAUUAUAUCAGUUAUGGGAAGAUAAGGGUCUUUUGCCUUCAACAACUAGAAAGAGAAUUGAAUGUUUUGAAGAAUUAUUAUCAAGGUCAUUCUUUGAGAGAUCAAGCCACGAAGAAUCACGAUUUGUGAUGCAUGGUUUAAUUAAUGAUCUGGCUAAGUUCACUGCAAGUAGUUCAAAUAAUAACAAUUUCAGAAGAGACUUGUUUUAAAAACAAGAUCGAAAGAACAAACAAACAGUAAGAAUGAUGAGUAGUUGCUUUUGUACUUUCAAUUUUUCAUAUUAAGAACAGAGUUUCAAUUUUAAGUUUGAAUCAACUGCAAAAUGCUUUAUAUUUGUAUGCAUGAUGUUUAUUCAGAAGAAUUCACUCAAGUCAUGUGUGAUAUAUACAGCCACUCAAGUCCAUGCUCUAGGAUUUUAUCCAUGGCCUAAUAGAGAUUCUUGGCCAU